AUGAAGUGUGUGCUCUGGAGCCUGCUGUGCUGCGCCUCACUGCUGAUGGCCGAUGUGCUGGCCACAUACCACCUCAGUGCCGGGGACGCUCAGCUCAUAGCCGCACAGAGCUACGCACAGAGCAGAAAUAAUGGCCGACCACCACUCAGGACCCUGAACCCAGCAAUUCACAGAAGUGAUUACACGUAUAGAGGAGGGUAUCACUACCACUACCAGCCACCAAGGAUCCCUCCACCGGUAGUGUAUCGACCUGUUCCUCUGUCUCCUCCGGUGACUUACCACAGACCCUCAGUCCCCAUGCCGCCCUAUCACCACAGAUUCAAAGGGCAAGUGGCACCGCACAUGCACCACAUGUACAAAGGCCUGUCGCCACCAGUAGCUCACCAUCCUCAACAAAGAUUCAAAGGCCCAUUCCCUUACAAACUGAAAGGCCCAUGCCCAGCAAAGUCAUACCCAACAGUGCCACCAACCCCUGUGGUACACCUCCCUACCCUUCCAGCUCUACCAGAGCCAACGCUGCCAGCAACUACCGCGGCACCAAUGACAACCGUCACGCCACUGGUGGUGACCACUGUGGCGCCAGUGGAGACCACCGCUCCUGUGACGCUACCGGUCAGUACCCAAAGCGGCUUCAUCACCACCAUCAGUCCUGUGGAGACAGAGACAGACUCUCAGUGCAGGAGCCGUCCCCUCGACCUCGUCUUCAUCAUUGACAGCUCUCGCAGCGUGCGUCCCGGCGAGUUUGAGAAGGUGAAAAUAUUCCUGGCUGACAUGGUCGACACGUUGGACGUGGGCACGGACGCCACCAGAGUGGCCGUGGUCAACUACGCCAGCACGGUCAAGAUCGAGUUCCUGCUCAAAGACCACUUCAACAAACCUGACAUGAAGAAAGCCAUCACCCGCAUCGAGCCCUUGGCGGCCGGCACCAUGACCGGCCUCGCCAUCAAGACCGCCGUGAAUGAAGCCUUCACGGAGCAGUCGGGGGCCCGGCCUCGCUCCAGGAACAUCUCCAAGGUGGCCAUCAUUGUCACAGACGGGAGACCUCAGGACCAGGUGGAGGAAGUGUCUGCUGCAGCUCGGGCCUCGGGCAUCGAGAUCUACGCCGUCGGAGUGGAUCGUGCUGACAUGCGCUCCCUGCAGCUGAUGGCCAGCAUCCCUCUGGACGACCACGUCUUCUAUGUGGAGACGUACGGCGUGAUCGAGAAGCUCACCUCCAAGUUCAGGGAGACCCUGUGUGUGAACCUAAGCAGCUGGCGAAUGACCUCGGCCGAGAUGUGGUGGAGGCGUAAGAUUGGACCGCGUUUUCCACCACGAGUGACGUGGUCAAGUCUGGACCCCUGUGCACUUGGACAUGAGUGUGAACACAUCUGCGUCAACAGCAAUGCCUCCUAUUACUGCAAGUGCCGCAAUGGUUUUACCUUGAAUGCGGACAAGAAAACAUGCUCCCCAAAAGAGGUGAGGGUGGAGGUGGUGGAGGAUCCGUGUAAAUGCGAAGCCAGACUGGUUUUCCAGAAGCAGACGCAGGCCACCAUCCAGCAGCUUACAGCCAAGAUAGCCGAUGUGUCCGGGAGAAUAGAGCGUCUGGAGAACAUGGUGGGCCGGGCCUGAAGCUGGACACAGUGAGACAGCUCACUGGUUCGGACAUGUGCUUCCUGUCAUCUACCCUCCCAUAGCUGCUGCGUGGAUUUCAGCCACACAUGGAGUGAAGCUGUUAUUCACCAACUCAUUUUCAGCAAGUUUCAGUCUGUUUUUGGACGGUAGAGUCACGAUAUCUACGUUUGAGCUGGGAUUUUUAUGAAUAUUAGAUGCAGUGUUUUGAAACUGUUGUGAAAGCUACUCACACUAUUAUCUUACACCAACAGAGUGUGACACGUGAUAAGCAAAGAGUAUUAAGUAUUAUUUUUCAGUGUUUCUUCUGUACUGUAAUAUGUGUGUCAUUUAUCCUGUUUGUACAAAGUUGCAUAUUGUAUAUAGAGGUUUUUAUUGGAUUUACUAAAUAACAGAUUUGAAUAAAAAAAAUUACGUUAUGCUCUGAAGCAUUCAACCAUUAAAAUAUUAGAUAUUUUUGCUUUUUUUGUUAUAUAUAGGUAAACCAUCAUAAAGUGUUGUUGUUUGUUACAGGUUGUAUGAUGUUUCAUGCAUGAUAAAUGUUCGUCUUCUGUGUCUGUGAAUGUUAUGAGAUGACAUACAAGAUUCAUAAAUGUAGCAAAGCAAACUGGAAAAUGAAAUAAUAAUAAAAGAUGAAAAGGAA